GGGGGGACGUGGGCUCGUAGAGGUGGUAGUUGAAGCCGUUGGUGGUGGGCGCAGAGAGCUGGUGGAACUCCCUCGGUCAAUUUUCAUCCAGUAUGGCGCGUAGCGCCCUGUCACAACCGGCGUUGCGGUAUGUUACCUAUAAAUUUUACCGAAUCGUUUCGAGUUAGUGUUCCUCGUCAUCGUCGUACGUCACCGCACCGCCGCGCGUGUUCCGGAAAAACGUCGAGGAGAACGAUCGCUAGAAUAAAGAGAAAAAAAAAUCGGUAAACAUCCCUAAACGAACGAAUAAACAAACGGGAGAAUUAACCACUCUCUUCCCCGUCGGCCUAAUUUUUCAUUUCUCUCCUCCGACGCCGCACGCACAGGCCUUCCAAGCGGCAGGGAAAGGGUGCGAUUCCGACCCUACGACCGUACACCAGAUGCAAUAACACGAACAACUCGUGUCCGAAGUCAUGCGCGUACUGCUGCCGAUGCUAAUGAUACCGCCGCUGCACCCCGCGUCCUUCUUCGGGGUCGACCGGAGGAUUUGAAAAAAAAAAGAAAAGUCCACGACUUAUGAAACACGAAUACCUCCCUCCACCGGUGAAAGAUUCGCCCCCCACCCCCCCGCAUCAACGCUCAUGAUAAUUCAUCGCGAGAUUGACACCUCGUUAAAUAUUCUUAAUUAGUAUCGUAUCCGAGCGUCUCGUCUCGGUAAUGCGAGUAUGCGUGCACCUCUACACACCUUAUAAAUACGUCUGUACACCGAAGUACCUCAACUCGGCCCGACUUCGAAACUCGAGUCAUAACUCGAGUCACUUUCUCCAACGGGCUGGCGGGACGUCCCCCGCAAACAUCGCGGGUGAUUAUUCGAUUUGACGAACAUGAACCAAGCUUCUCGUUUUCGACGACACAGCUGAUGACGGUAUAAACAAACGGCGUCAUUGCGACCAGAGCUACGAAAGUCGUGCGACGUGAGACACCUCCGAGGGAGCACCUCGUAAUUUGGGGGCGAGCGGGGUGAGUCGAGCACGUGCGGGUUCGCACAUCAUCCCGAGUACCGGAAUAUUUGAGAGAACGUUCUCCGCGAAAUGGCCUGUCCGUUUUCUCGUCGGUACGUGACAGCCGCCGCCCGCGAGCAGGACGACGUCGAUCGCGAUUCCGAAGGAGCGAGGGAUCAUCAACACCAGCACCACCAGAAGAUGAGAACUACGAGACAAUCAUCCGUACAAAUUACGUCGUUCCUAGGGGACGACGUCGACGAUCAAGAAAACACGCAAACUCUCAACCUGAAACACCUGAGGGCGGCAGUUCUCGUCCUCACUAAUCCAUCGAACGAGGCGAUCGCUACGGCUCUGAGGGUGGUGAUAAGCAGGGACGAGUUACCGCUUUCGACGGCAGCUACUUUGAACAAACUUUUGGACAAUCCCGAUACCGACGUCAACUACAAUCUUCUGGAGGACAUUUAUGAAACGCUCAAUUGCGGUUGCGACGCGGACGUGAAUAGCUUCCUGGACGAAUUGGGGCAAGAAUUGAUAGCGACCGCCUGCGUUGGUCUUUUGGAAAGGGCGUUCCGUUGCCUCGGUGACGACCUGUCGGCCUUUUUGACGACCCUCGACGGCGUAAAUGACGUUGUUCAACACCAGUCCGGCUCGGAGAACGAGGCCGAGUUCGUAUGCACCGCGAACCAGGAGGCCCUCGAGCUACACUUCACCACGGAACACCCGUCGGUCGCAUACCUUUUGGUUGGAAGUUUAAAAGGGAUCGCCAGGCAGUUUUACAACGACAAGGCGGACGUGUACAUUUUACCGGAUGCGUAUAAUUCGAAAUUUUUCAGAUAUCGAAUAACACCGGAGAGAUAUGAGAAAAUGGACGAGAACGAGGACGAGGAGGACGACGAGGAGGACGCCCGUGACGUAAUAACCGGCGCUUUCCGCCCUUUGUCCAAGUCAGCCUUCGACCUGAGGGUCGGGGUAACGAGUUUCUGCAAAGCUUUUCCAUGGCACUUCGUCGUCGAUCGUCGACUGGAGCUCGUGCAACUGGGCGCGGGGUUCAUGAGGAUUUUUGGCCAUCUCUUCAACAGGCUAGGAAUGGACAUUUCGACCUACUUCGUCUUCAGCAGACCGAGGGGCGUCACGAUCAGCUUCCACGAAAUUUUAAAACGUGCCAACACACCCUUCGUCCUCACCCUGCGGAAGCCACCGGGGGUCGAAAAAUUCGCCGCUGAGGGACUAGAGUUGAAGGGUCAAAUGGUGCACUGCCCGGAAUCAGAUUCGAUCCUAUUCGUCAGUUCGCCUUUUCUGAACGGACUCGAGGGCCUCACCGGCCGGGGUCUUUUCAUCUCGGAUAUUCCCCUCCACGACGCUACCAGAGACGUCAUAUUGGUCGGCGAGCAGGCCAGGGCGCAGGACGGCCUGAGACGACGGAUGGAUAAAUUGAAAAGUUCCAUCGAGGAAGCGAACCGUGCAGUUGACACGGAGAGAGAGAAAAAUGUCAGUCUUCUUCAUCUUAUCUUCCCACCAGACAUAGCCAAACGUCUUUGGCUCGGAGAAACGAUCGAAGCGAAAACCUACGCCGACGUAACGAUGCUCUUCAGUGACAUAGUUGGCUUCACAGCGAUUUGUUCAACUGCCACGCCGAUGAUGGUAAUCAACAUGUUGCAGAACAUAUACGAGAAGUUCGAUAUCUACUGCGGGCAGCUCGACGUCUACAAGGUGGAGACGAUCGGUGACGCCUACUGCGUGGCCUGCGGACUUCACAGGAACACGAAAACGCACGCUCAGCAAAUAGCCUGGAUGGCAUUAAAGAUGAUCGAGACGUGUUCCCGCCAUCUGACACACGACGGUAAACCGAUAAAGAUGCGAAUCGGCAUCCACACCGGCACAGUGUUGGCCGGUGUCGUUGGAAAAAAGAUGCCACGCUACUGUCUUUUCGGUCACAACGUAACUUUGGCCAACAAAUUUGAAUCCACCAGCGAACCGCUGAGAAUCAACAUCAGCCCCACCACCUAUCCGAGUCUCACCGAGGUACCUGGAUUCAUUUUGGAGCCGCGAAGCAAGGACAAUCUCCCGAAGGAAAUGCCGGCCAACGUACCGGGGACUUGUCACUUUUUGAACGGCUACAAGCACUGCGACGUUGACGAAGACGCGCCUCUCGAAUCUCACAUAAAAGUGGCCCUCGAGGAACUGGGCAUCGCAAACAGUACGUAGAUAAUGGGUAAUGGAAAACUAUUAUACAUACAAAUAUUAUGUAUGCAAUUUAUACAUACACAUUAUAUAUACACGCGCAGUGGAAAAAAACAAAAUGAUAUUAUAAAUAAUUAUAAAUAAACGUUAAAUAUUAUCGUAACAAUUGAUAUGUGUUAUUGUAUACAUGUUUAUAUAGCUAUAUUAUCUAUAUAUUAUGAAACACUGAAAUAUAAUGGAUAUGAAAAAGUAUGCGUCGAGUGGUUUUAUAUUACGCGCGGUAAGUACGCAGCACGCGCGUACUUACCGCGGAUGAGUAUCUGACAAUUUACACACUACGAAAUAACAAUUAAUGUGACGCGUAUAACGCGAGUCAAUUAUCGUUUCGAUAAUGACACGUGACUAAUGGAAGUGAAGAAAUUAAUACGAUAUACGCAGCAAUCGAUAUGUGAAGACUAUUAUGCGAACAAUAUCGAAAAACUGAACAAGUGUAAUAACGAGCAGUAUGAUAAUUGAAUAACCGCACCGCACCACGUAUGUAGAUCCCCUUAAGGACGCAGCCAUAUAAAUAAAGUGUACAUGAGACUACGAUUAUUUCACCUAAAUGUAUAUGUAUAUAUAUAUAUCCGUAAUAUGAUGUACGAAUAGGUGAAUUAUAAUUAGGUAUAACGAUAUGAAUACCAUAAAACUAUUUGUAUGCGGUGGAAGAGAGGGAGGGGCUGAAAAUUUCUGUCGCAAUAACGUAAUUGAAUACGGCCGUAUAGACUAAUUGAAAAGCGGACACAUCGAGGGAAUAAAUGAAAUGACUGAAUAAAUAUGACGAAUUCUAUUUAUGUGGCUAUUCGAAAGUAUGUUUGUAAUUGUAGACGAGAGCUUCUGAAAAUAUACCCCUGGCAUGGAAAAUAAAAUUACUCAAACUUUGAA